GAAAACGGCCUAAAUUUGCGUGCCCCUAUUUUGCCAAUUCAAUUCAAGAUCAUCACGUUCUCUUACGUCCUUCGUCUCUCUUCUCUCAGCUCAUUUCUGCCUUGUCAAUUCCUAAACCCUAACCUCAUCACAGAUCGUUCUUCAUCGUCUGUCCUCAAUCGCGCCAUGACAAAUCAGUCAUCCAAAACUCAAGAUAUUCUGCCCAAGGAUGCAAAGCCCUCAUAUUUUCAUUUGCCAGCAUUGGAUGUUUCCGUUGCAUUCCCCCAAGCAACUCCGGCAUCCAUAUUUCCUCCUUGCACUUCGGACUACUACCAGUUUCAUGAUCUAUUGACUUCUGAGGAGCAGGCGAUCAGGAUGAAAGUCAGAGAGUGUAUGGAAAAAGAAAUAGCUCCAGUGAUGACACAGUACUGGGAGAAGGCACAAUUUCCAUUUGAAGUUGUUCCGAAGCUUGCUGCCUUGCAUAUUUCUGGUGGCACCAUCCAGGGCUAUGGGUGUCCAGGUCUCUCCCUUACUGCAAGUGCAAUUGCUACAGCAGAAGUUGCAAGAGUUGAUGCAAGCUGCUCUACUUUCAUUCUAGUUCAUUCUUCUUUGGGAAUGCUUACUAUUGCAUUGUGUGGGUCGGAAGCACAAAAACAGAAAUAUUUACCCUCUUUGGCGCAGUUAAACACUGUAGCUUGUUGGGCUUUGACUGAGCCUGACAAUGGAAGUGAUGCAAGUGCUUUACAAACAACAGCAACAAAGGUUGCAGGAGGAUGGAUCCUGGAAGGCCAAAAGCGGUGGAUUGGAAAUAGCACUUUUGCAGAUUUGCUGGUAAUAUUUGCUAGGAACACCACAACAAAACAGAUAAAUGGAUUUAUAGUAAAGAAGGAUGCCCCUGGAUUACAAGCUACUAAGAUAGAAAAUAAAAUUGGCCUGCGUAUUGUUCAAAAUGGAGAUAUCCUCUUAAAGAAAGUUUUUGUCGCUGACGAGGACAGAUUACCUGGUGUCAAUUCUUUUCAGGAUACAAACAAGGUACUUGCUGUUUCACGUGUUAUGGUUGCCUGGCAACCUAUUGGCAUUUCAAUGGGUGUCUAUGAUAUGUGUCACAGGUACUUGAAAGAAAGGAAACAGUUUGGAGCACCAUUGGCUGCUUUCCAAAUCAACCAACAGAAACUAGUUCACAUGUUGGGUAAUAUUCAAGCGAUGAUUCUUAUUGGCUGGCGCCUUUGCAAGUUGUAUGAGAAUAGUAAAAUGACUCCGGGUCACGCUAGCUUGGCGAAGUCAUGGAUUACCUUAAAAGCAAGGGAGACUGCUUCUCUUGGACGGGAGUUACUUGGAGGCAACGGAAUCUUGGCUGACUUUCUAGUUGCAAAGGCAUUCUGUGAUUUGGAGCCCAUCUUCACUUAUGAAGGAACUUAUGACAUAAACAGCUUGGUCACGGGAAGGGAGAUCACUGGUAUUGCCAGUUUCAAGCCAGCUGCACUGAGGCAGCAGAGCCGUCUGUAAUAGAGUAAAAAUCUCUUCCUUCCUAGCUCUGCCUGGGAACUUGGUUGUUGCAUUAUGGCCAAUGUAUGGUUAUCCGAUAUGAGAUGAUGAGGAAUAACUGUGAUGAAAUCACCCUAAAAUUCAUCACACUGGAGUGAAGGAUAGACUAAAUUAUAAAUGUUUUAUAGGUUACAACGGAAAAUGAAAUAAAGAAAGAUGACAUAUUGGAGUUCCUCUUUAGCAGAUGUUGUCUUGCUUCAUCUACCUUGAUCUCUACUCUCAUGGAAGCAUUACUUUGCGUGAGCUUUGGACCUUUCAGGUUUUAUUUACUAAAUAUCAUGAGCAUUCAGUUGUGGCUCUA